GUGUGUGUGUCUUUCAGUUAUUUGUCUGCAGGCAGCUGUGUGUGGGCUACCCUCUCCCUCACAGUCGUUUCACUUUGUGAGUGAGCCAAGGAGCUGGGAAGAUGCUCGGAGUUACUGCAGAGAGAAGUACAACGACCUGGCCACCGCUGGGAACAUGGAGGAGAUGCGCAGGCUUCAGCAGAGCGUGGAUCCCAAGUUCAAUGGUGAUGUCUGGAUCGGCCUGAAGAGGAGCCCACAGCCGCACUGGGUCUGGUCUGUGUCAGGGAGCACCACUCCUCUGUACAGGCACUGGCGACCUUCACAGCCCAGCGGUAACGGUUUCUGUGUUGUGAGUUACGGCAAGGAUGGAUGGUAUGAUUAUAGCUGCACAUCCGAGAAAUGGUUCCUGUGCUACACUGAAAAUAGAUCUCCCAAGUAUGAACUGGUCAGAGAACUUGUGACGUGGACUGAAGCUAGAAGCUACUGCAUGAAAAACUACACGGACCUGGCCAUCGUUGAGAGUCAAGAAGAUGAGAGGCAGGUCUUGGACAUCGGGGAAGGACAGCCAAUUUGGAUUGGCCUCUUCAAUGACCCUUGGGAGUGGAUAGACCAAAGGAGACCAUCACUUCGUUAUUGGGGAGUAGAGCCAGAGAUGGUCAGUAACGGAGAGGACUGUGCUGCUAUGCGGACUGUAGGCGGGGGAAUGUGGUAUACCCAUAUGUGCAAUGUGACAUAUCCUUUUGUCUGCCAGAGAGCAGCUGCAAUAAAACGGCAGUUUGUAAGAUUGGUAGUAUCGACCAAAGAAGAUGUGGAUCUGAACGAUCCUAACGUGAAGGUGGCGAUGUUGGAGCAGAUAAAAACGAAAUUGAAGGAAAAUGGACUUUCCGAUGAUGCAAACCUGCAAUGGCGUGAGAAUCAAAAGGGCAAAGUAUUUAUCAGUCAGGCGGAGGAGAGGAGAGGAGGAGGAGAGGCGGAGAAGAGGAGGAGGAAGACCAAAGCAGCCGAUGAUCUGUAAGGCUUUGGCUGAUCUUGUACGCAAAGUCUGAUGAAGAUCCUGGUCUCAGCACUUAACAGUUUUGAAGAAUAAAAUAUAGCUCUGUUCAUCAGCCUGAUAUUAAACAGUAACUGGUGAUGAUUCCCCCCCAGGUUGAUAUAGUCAGCAUGGAAUGAGAUCAGGUUUCGUAGUUGUGGCAUUGUUUGUUUCAUGAUUAAGCACAUAAAAUGGCUGACAAAUAAAAAAAAAUAGGGCAGGUAUGGCAGAGGUAUUGAUUUAAUCACUAAAAAGCAACUUUAAAUGUCAUGUUAAGCAUCUUUAAAAUAAUGUAUCUCACGAACGGAAAUAAAGAUGUUAAAUAGUUUUAAUUAUGAACAAUGUUAACAAAGAUGAUGUUGCUCCUGGUCACUCAGCCAUUCCUUGCCACUUUAAAAAAAAAACUUUAGGCACUAUGUUCAGGGCCACCAUCACUGUCUUCUGUACUUAAAGUUCAUCACUAGAACAUAUGACUAUAUUGGAAGAAUAAUAGUCUCUAAUCUGAGUGAAAUGAGCAGUUCUAAUAACUUUGCAACCUAGCUUGGAUGGUUCACACGCAAAUAAUAUAUUUUCUUCUGUGCACGUAUACAUUUAUUUCCUUAGUAUUGUAAUUAUCACAUAGUUCUGAUGUAUAGGUCUGUGUGUAUCAUAUGGUGUAUGUGUGUACUUUGAGAGUCUGUAUACACUGACUGAGAAUAAGCACAAUGGAACUUGCUUGUGGGUUGAGCAAUGGAUGGAUAAAUGACGUUUGAUUGUCUUGAUAUCUA